GUAUCAAGCUUCUGCAAUGGCGCCAUAGUGCUUGGUUUGACCAACUGUGCGUUCGCCUUUUACAUGCAGUGGAGGCUUGUGGCGGCUCUGCGAUCUGCAGAUGAAGGUGGAGCAAGGGCAAUGCUCCAGGAGGCUAGCACUAUCGUCUUGUACGACGUCGUCUUCUGCAUUUACGUGCUCCUCUUUGCUGCAGGGGUCAUCUUCUGCUUCUUUGGUAUUGGGUGGUGGCAGACAUGUGGUGUGGAUUCAUGGAGUCCCUUCUGGUCUGCAUUCCUCCUGCUUAUGUUCGCGCUUUGGAGUGGCGUUUUCAGCUGCUGCUGGGGCCUUAGUUUGGGCUGCUGGGGCGCCUUGGAGGGGCUCGGCGUCUCAUCCUCCGUGGCUCGCCUCUUCUUUGGCGCCGCGAGCGACGCGUCCGGCUCCGGGCCCCAG